CCCACCGAAUAUUAGAAUUUUUUCCUUCCUCCACUUCGUCCACUGGAGGGUGCUAAAAUGAGAAAUCGCUAUCAAGUUCUAUUCCAUCACGCCGCACUCCAUGGCAGAUGAACGAACUGCGUCAACAAUCACAUGGAUCAAUUCAGCACGUCGGUCUCGAGGAGACCUUCCGCUCGUCAUCAGCAUGGCCCAAAUUCGUCACUAUCGACGUGGCGAAGCUAAGAUUUGAAAAGUAAGCUAUCAACGCGAGCGGUUUGCUAACUCUCUAUGUAUAGACUCGGACUCGGAAGAAGUCAUGCCCGCGUCCCGUCCUAAAGUUCUACGAGCUCCAAAAGCUACUUCAUGAAGGCGAGCUACCAAAGGAGUCUGAUGGGGCCGCGCGAGACUGAAGAAAGCAGUCUUCUGUUUGACAUCGAGAGCGACCAACCAGAGUUGAACUUGACUUCGGCAUGUAUCCGAGAGGUCCUCGCUGAUGAGCCAAUCUCUCCAAAGGAAGCUCUGCAGGAUCAUUCGAAAGAUAACAACUUGUUACUCGGUGUGAAACACAUCAAAUUUGAACCGUCGUUUCCUCUACUACCUCACAUCUGUCCCUUCUCUGAGAUUUUUCUUCUCUCGGAUUGUGACCCUAACCACAUAAACCUCACCAGUAAAUUACCGCCCGGGAAUUUCUUACGCAACACUAACUCGAUACCCACCCACUUGGCUUCGACGAUGCAAUUUUUACAGUUACAAAAUUCGACGAAGAUAGGUGCACGCUUUAAAGUCGCGAUCAUCCUUUCUGGUAUCUUGAUUUUCAACGCAACGCAAAUGUUUCAAAACUACUGGAGCCGCAUUGCCAUGUUCAAUAUUACUUUGUUAUACCUCUUCGCUUCGAUGAAUCUGGGUGUUGAGUCCAAACCGCAAUCUUUGGCCGAGACGGCUCAGCGCAGAAUUGGUUCUGGGGCUAUCAUCUACAGUAAGGAGCUACCCACGGCCCAAGUUUCAAACUGUGUUCAAGGGAGAGAUUAUGAAUGGACCUGAGUCACAACUAGUCAUCUUACGGAUGGCCGAGAAAAGCUAGCAGGCAGAACGUCCAAUUGUGACUCUGGAUAGAAAGAGAGAAAUUUUACUACUCUCUAGAAGGCUAAUCUAUGAUCGUC